UGCUACUGUGUAUACACAACCAGGGAGCAGACCCACGAGCACAUUUAAAGCAGCCUUUUUAACCCCGAGACUUUCCAAGACCUCCUCUCCACGCAGGAACUUUCCUCCUCUGUUGUCAGAUCGAGCAGGCUGCUCUUGUCAUCAGACCCGAGCUAGGCUCCCUGCCGCACGGUAGAGAGGCUUCCUUAAGACAUUUGUCCUUGAAACUGCACCAAACUCUUGGAAGAACCCAGAACGUAAAAAUGUAUGUGAAGAAUUACUGCAUGCCUGGCAUAGGAUGAUCAAUAAAUAAUAACACGAUGGUGGUGGUGGUCGUGGUGGUGUGAUGACAGAGGUGCUGAUGCUGAUCGGUGAGGUGUACGUACCACAGAUGAGCCCAGGACUGUACACGAGUCCCCAGAGCUUUAGUUUGGAUUGCCCUGCUUUCUUUCCCACACGAGAGAGGGAGUCAGAAUGUCGGUGAGCAAGAGUUGUGCCAUUAUAAGUGCCUCUACACUCACUUAAAUUAAAAAGAAAAUCAUCAGCAGACUUUAGUACUUUGUUACUGGUAACAAAUUACUGGCAACGUACCAGUUGGCCUAGAAGAUGCCAUCUUCCCUGGAGAAACAUGAUUUGGAAAGGUGCUUUACAUCCCAGACCUGGAACUAUUGAGUACAUGGGUUUGAAUUCUGGAUCAGCCAACUCACGAGCUGUGAUGACCUAUGGAAGUAACUGAACCACUCUUAAUCUCUAUUCCCUCAUCUUUCAUUGGAGUCAUAGUGGUACCCACCUCAUACUGUUGUUGUGAGGAUUAAAUGAGUUAACACGUGAAAAGUACUAAGAAAAAUGUCUGGCACACAAAUCCAGGCUGGGCACUGGAGAGACUCCUGUGCCUUCUUGGCGCUUUAGCGUCCUGGGGUCCACCAGAUGCUCUAGUGUCUUCCCCAGACAGUUGCCUGAUGCUCCCAUGAUAUGUCCGCCUGGCGCUCUGUUUGUAAAGCAGAUGGAGUUCCCUUCCAAGAGAUUCUUCCUGCUCUGCAUGUCUGUUUUGAAGAUUUGGGUUUUGGACAAAAUUUGGUGUGAAGCUGUAUCUCCACCUCUCAUGCGUACCUCUGAAUGGAAAAAUAACCUUUGACAACGUUCAGUUCUUUAUGAAGAUCGCUGUUAGCGCGUCGCCUGACGGAUGGCGUGUUAUGUGGGAGAAUUCAUUUGAACAGACUUUCUAUCGAAGGCUGAAUACACCCCCAAAUCACAAUGGUAAUCAGAGCCAGCCGCCUCAUUUCUGAUGAUUUUACAAAUCAGUUGGGCUUCAGAGAUGCGUCCACAUGACACUGUGCCCACACUGAGUUGUUUUGGCUGCAGGGAUGGCUGCUUUUCUCUCUCUCAUUUUGCUUUCCAGCUGCAUUUCACUUUAUAAAACCACAGCUCUGCAGAAACUGCCCUUGUCACCCUUCAGUUGCAUCCCUGUCCAUGAGUGCAGCAUCAGGAUGAGCGGACACUCUCUGUUUGGCCGGAGUGGGGAAGGAUACACUCCAGAGCUGACAAUUUACUGGUUCAUCAGUGAAACAAUAUUGCAUUAUGAAGAUGUAAGAAAAAAAUCCUACGCUAACGUUGCAGUUUGAAAGGCUUCUCUGCAGAAUGUCAAACAAAGAUCGACACAUUGAUUCCAGCUGUUCGUCCUUCAUCAAGACGGAACCCUCCAGCCCAGCCUCCCUGACGGACAGCGUCAACCACCACAGCCCAGGUGGCUCUUCAGACGCCAGCGGGAGCUACAGUUCAACCAUGAAUGGCCAUCAGAACGGACUUGACUCGCCACCUCUCUACCCUUCUGCUCCUAUCCUAGGAGGGAGUGGGCCUGUCCGGAAACUGUACGAUGACUGCUCCAGCACCAUUGUUGAAGACCCUCAGACCAAGUGCGAAUACAUGCUCAACUCGAUGCCCAAGAGACUGUGUUUAGUGUGCGGUGACAUCGCGUCCGGGUACCACUAUGGGGUAGCAUCCUGUGAAGCCUGCAAGGCGUUCUUCAAGAGGACGAUUCAAGGUAAUAUAGAAUAUAGCUGCCCUGCCACGAAUGAAUGUGAAAUCACAAAGCGCAGACGUAAAUCCUGCCAGGCUUGCCGCUUCAUGAAGUGUUUAAAAGUGGGCAUGCUCAAAGAAGGAGUGCGUCUUGACAGAGUACGUGGAGGUCGGCAGAAGUACAAGCGCAGAAUAGAUGCGGAGAACAGCCCAUACCUGAACCCUCAGUUGGUUCAGCCAGCCAAAAAGCCAUUGCUCUGGUCUGAUUCUGCAGAUAACAAGAUUGUCUCACAUUUACUGGUGGCUGAACCGGAGAAGAUCUAUGCCAUGCCUGACCCUACUGUCCCCGACAGUGACAUCAAAGCCCUCACUACACUGUGCGACUUGGCCGAUCGAGAAUUGGUGGUUAUCAUUGGAUGGGCGAAGCACAUUCCAGGCUUCUCCACGCUGUCCCUGGCGGACCAGAUGAGCCUUCUGCAGAGUGCUUGGAUGGAAAUUUUGAUCCUUGGUGUCGUGUACCGAUCUCUUUCCUUUGAGGAUGAACUUGUCUAUGCAGACGAUUAUAUAAUGGAUGAAGACCAGUCUAAAUUAGCAGGCCUUCUUGACCUAAAUAAUGCUAUCCUGCAGCUGGUAAAGAAAUACAAGAGCAUGAAGCUGGAGAAAGAAGAAUUUGUCACCCUCAAAGCAAUCGCUCUUGCUAAUUCAGACUCCAUGCACAUAGAAGACGUCGAAGCUGUUCAGAAGCUUCAGGAUGUCUUGCAUGAGGCCUUGCAGGAUUACGAGGCCGGCCAGCACAUGGAGGACCCUCGCAGGGCCGGCAAGGUGCUGAUGACGCUGCCGCUCCUGAGGCAGACCUCUACCAAGGCCGUGCAGCAUUUCUACAACAUCAAACUGGAAGGCAAAGUCCCCAUGCACAAACUGUUUUUGGAAAUGCUGGAGGCCAAGGUCUGACUAAAAGCUUCCCCGGGCAUCCUAUCCUGCACGCCGAAAAAGGGAAAAAUAAACCCAAGAGUGAUGUCAAAAAAACUUAGAGUUUAGUUAACAACAUCAAAAAUCAAGUAAGACUGCACUGAGAAUUUAGCAGCAAGACUAUGAAGCAGCUUUCAGAUUCCUCUGUAUCCUCCUGAUGAGUUUUUUUUCUACCUUAAUCUCAUCUUUUCUCCGUUUCUUUUGCUCUUUAUUUUUUUUUUUUUUCUCCCGCCCUGUCCUCUUUCUCCUUCGUUUCUUGCUUCCUUCAUUGCUGG